AUGGCGGGCUCGCUGAUGGGGGAGUCCUCGGACGAGCCUCCCGCGCGAGGCGACGGCGACGAAUCCGACGACGACGGCGUCGACGACGACGAUCUCGAUAACAAACUCAUCGACGGCGUCUUCGCGUUACGUCUGGCCGAUGAAGCGCACGCGAAGAAGACGCGCGCGCGCGAGGCCAAGGCGCUGUUCUGGCACGACGUCUACGUUUUCUGGACGACGGCGUUGAUCGCGGUGCCGGCGCUCGUGACCGUGUUCGCGCUCGCGAUCGGCGCGGCGGCCGCGGAAGCCGAGGGCUGGUCGUUCGAGAAUGGCUAUCUCUACGUCUUCUCGAUGCUCUUGGACAUGCCGAUCUCGCUCUCGGACGAGAAUCCGGAGACGAAAGGCGGGAAGGCGACGGACAUCGUCGCCGCGUCGUGGGCGUGGGCGCUCCUCGGCGCGUUCAUCGCUCUCGUGGGAAACUUGAACAGCAUCAAACGUCUCGCCGCCGCCGUGGAAGGAUUCCGCGUCGUCUGGGAGAAGUUUUUUUUGUGUCUGUGUCGCGUCGACCGGGACGCGGACGACGGGAUGGAGGAUCUGAACGCGGAGGAGUCGGCGAACAUCGCGCGCGUGGACGAGCUCGUGGAGUCUGUGGACGCGCUCGUGAAGAAGCGCGCCGCGGCGGACGCGGCGUUCGUGGCGGCGGUGCGGAGGAAGGCGCGUUUUAAUCUCCCGGCGGCGGCGCGAGACGCGCGCGCGCGACGGGAGAAGAGAAAGGACCGACGCGAGCUGUCCGCGGACGUCUUCACGCUCGUCGCGGGCGUGUUCUUCGUCGUCCCGUUGUUAGCCUUGGGGUUUUCGUGGGCCCUCGGCGCCGUGUUUGCGGAGAUUGAAGGGUGGCGGACCAAGAUCGGUUUCUAUUACGUCUUGUCACAAGUGUUCUCCCGAAAAAAUGUGUACAGGACAGGGCCAACGACAGAGCUCCCGACUGGUGGCCUCUAUUAUCUAAGACCGACGACGACGGACGGGAAGAUAUUCGGCGUGUUCAUCGCGCUCCUCGCGUGGUCUCUGAUCGGAACCUUCGUCGGUAUCAUCGUGAACCUGAACGUGAUCUCGCGCUUCGUGCGCUGGCUCGAGAGCGGCGGGAACCGUUGGCGGCGACUGUUCAAGGUGAAGACGCCGCUCGAAGACUUCGAAGGCGACGCCUCGCGCGAGGACGACGUCGCGAUGCGCGACGCCGCGCGAACGCUCGGGGAGAUACACGCGGAGAUGACGUCCGCGCGCGCGGAGCUCCUGGGGUUGAUAGCCGCCGCGGGUAUGCCGAAGAACAAGGCGUGA